AUGCAUAGAAAACAAAAACAACAUUCAAUGUCAGAACUUAAGCUCCGUCGAUUAGUAGAACUUAAUCAAAGACUUCGUGAAGAUUUAGAUCGUUCACGAGUAAGAGUUAGUGAAGCAAGUGCAAGAGACACUAGAGAUUUUCUGGUACCAUCAGUUUGGGGUCCAGUUGAUAAACGUGAUGACCCUUAUGCACCAUCUGGCGGUGGUUAUGAUUGUUCUUUUAGAAAAUGCAAGGAAUAA